GCUCCGGGCGGUCCUGCGUUCCACUCCCCCCGCUCCGGUACCAGGACUUCAUUUCUGGCUUGUGGUGCUUAUGAUGGAGUUAUCCAAGGAGGAGAAACACUGAUCCGGGUGAACCCAGGCGGUCCCAGAAAUGCGAUGGCCGAGGAGCGGGCACUGAGGACUGGACUGAGGCUGAGUUUCAACCCAGGAUUGUGGAUUCUCCUACCUAAGAUUUUGAGUUCAGAGUACAAACAGUAAAAAAUGGCACAAUCUGCAUUAACCUCCCACAACUGGAAGGCAUGACACUUCAAGAACAAACAUGGACUUGUGACACAUGGACAUGUGUACACAGAAAAAGGAAAUCUAUAAUUAUUUAGAAGUAGAAAAGCAUUCUGUACCAAAAUGGGUACAUUCUGCUCAGUUAUCAAGUUUGAAAAUCUCCAAGAAUUAAAGAGACUUUGUCACUGGGGUCCCAUCAUAGCCCUCAGUGUUAUAGCAAUAUGUUCUAUAAUGGCCAUGAUAGACUCUGUAUUGUGGUAUUGGCCCUUACAUACAACUGGAGGAAGUGUGAAUUUCAUCAUGUUGAUAAACUGGACUGUCAUGAUUCUUUAUAAUUACUUCAAUGCCAUGUUUGUUGGUCCUGGCUUCGUCCCUUUGGGGUGGAAACCGGAAAAUUCUCAGGAUAGCAUGUAUCUCCAGUAUUGUAAAGUUUGCCAAGCAUUCAAGGCACCACGAUCACAUCACUGCAGAAAGUGCAACAGAUGCGUGAUGAAGAUGGACCAUCACUGUCCUUGGAUCAACAACUGUUGUGGUUACCAAAAUCAUGCUUCAUUCACACUGUUUCUCCUUUUGGCCCCACUGGGUUGUAUCCAUGCAGCUUUCAUUUUUGUUAUGACUAUGUACACACAGCUUUACAAUCGGCUCUCCUUUGGGUGGAACACCAUAAAGAUUGAUAUGAGUGCAGCAAGGAGAGAUCCUCUCCCAGUUGUUCCUUUUGGUUUAGCUGCAUUUGCCGCCACUUUGUUUGCGUUGGGAUUAGCUUUAGGAACAACCAUAGCUGUUGGAAUGUUGUUUUUUAUCCAGAUGAAAAUAAUUCUCAGAAACAAAACUUCUAUUGAAUCAUGGAUUGAAGAGAAGGCUAAAGAUCGAAUUCAAUAUUACCAGCUAGAUGAAAUCUUUGUUUUUCCCUAUGACUUGGGAAGUAGAUGGAAGAACUUUAAACAGGUUUUUACGUGUUCAGGGGUGCCUGAAGGAGAUGGAUUGGAGUGGCCGAUAAGAGAAGGAUGUCACCAGUAUAGCUUAACGAUAGAACAGUUGAAACAAAAAGCUGACAAGAGAGUCAGAAGUAUUCGCUAUAAGGUAAUAGAAAAUUACAAUGGUGCCUACUGUCCUUUGAAUAGAGGAAUAAAAACUUUCUUCACAAGCCCUUGCACUGAAGAGCCUCGAAUUCAGCUGCAGAAAGGAGAGUUCAUUUUAGCCACAAGAGGGUUAAGAUACUGGCUGUAUGGAGACAAAAUUCUUGAUGAUCCCUUUACAGAAGGUGUUUCAAGAAUAAGAGGCUGGUUUCCCAGAAACUGUGUGGAAAAGUGUCCCUGCGAUGCUGAAACAGAGCCAGCCCCAGAAGGCGAGAAGAAAACCAGAUAGCCACUGCCAGAGUGAAAUUAGUCUUUUUAAGUCCACUUCAUUACUUGAAAAUUGUACCUAUUACUAAAGAAUUAUGCAAUGAACCUACUCCGGUUAAGGUGUUCUUUUCCUCAAAGGUGCCCUAGUGCCAUAAUUUCAUAUUUUUAUUACCAUUUGGAAAUGGAGAAGCCAUUUGGUAUAUGCCUUUGAAUCCUUGCCCCUCUUUACCACCUUUUUCUCCCCCCCCCCAAAAAAAAUAAUAAUAAUUGCCAGGCACCAAUGGCUCACUCCUGUAAUCCUAGCUACUCCAGAGGCUGAGAUCUUAGGAUCAUGGUUCAAAGCCAGCCUGAGCAUAAAGGUCCAUGAUAUUCAUAUCUCCAGUGAAGCACCAAAAAGCCAGAGUGGAACUGUGGCUCAAGUGGUAGAAUGCUAUCUUUGAGCAAAAAAAAGCUUAGGGACAGUUUCCAGGCCCUGAGUUUAAACCCCAGGACUGGCACCAAAAACAAAACAUUUCUUUAUCCAGGCAAAUGACUUGCAUUUUCUUUAGGGUUUUGCUUAUUGCACUGCACACCCUGUACCUCACCUGCAGAUCAAGUCCCCAAGUCCCCCCUUGGCAGGAGCAUCUGCCUGUGAUAAUGUCUGUCUGUCAGUUAUUGUUUCUUACAUAAUACUGUAGAACCUAAUGUAAGAUUCAUAGAAGCUCAGAUUUUGUUACCUGUCUUUUAAUAAUGCAGAUUUUUGUCAAAUCAAAUAAAGAUCAAUGAAUGUUCUAUAUA